GCCAAUCAAGAAGCACGAACAAUGUCAAUACCAAAAGAAGGUCAUGGACAGAAACCACAUGCUGUAUGCAUCCCAUACCCAGCUCAAGGCCACAUAAACCCUAUGCUACAACUAGCCAAAAUCUUCCACUUUAAAGGCUUCCAUAUAACCUUUGUAAACUCUGAAUACAAUCACAGUCGCCUGCUGAGAUCCCGGGGCCCUACUGCCCUGGCUGAUCGCCCAUCGUUCCGGUUUAAAACUAUACCGGAUGGGCUGCCCCCAAUGGACGCAGACUCCACACAGGACAUCAGUUUACUAUGCGCCUCGACCGACCAGCACUGCCUCGGUCCCUUCAAGGAGCUCAUCGCCCACCUUAACGAGGCGGGCGAUGUGCCCCCUGUGAGUUGUAUUGUUUCAGAUGUGUCCAUGUUCUUUACGCUUAAUGCGGCACAAGAGUUUGGUGUUCCGGAGGUUAUGCUUUGGACAGCUAGUGCUUGUGGUCUCUUGGGUUAUGCUCAGUACCCAAAGCUUGUUGAGAUGGGACUUGUACCUUUCAAAGAUGCAAGCUUUAUUACAAAUGGUGAACUUGACGCAGUUGUAGAUUGGGUACCGGGCAUGGAGGACAUGCAACUACGUGACAUACCAAGCUUUAUUAGAACUACAAAUCCAAACGACAUUAUGCUCAAUUUUGUCCAACGAUUACUCCACAAGUCAAAGCAAGCCUCCGCCAUUGUCUUCAACUCUUUCGAUGCAUUAGAUCAUGCAGUCUUAAAUUCUCUAUCCUCUGAUUUCCCUCCUCUUUACACCCUCGGCCCAUUGCAGCUCCUUCUCGAUUCGAUCCCAGGCAGCAACGACGAGGAAAUCCAGACAAUCAGUACAAAUCUAUGGAAAGAGGACAAACAUUGCCUGGGAUGGCUUGAUUCUUAUGAACCAAACUCUGUUGUUUAUGUCAAUUUCGGAAGCAUUACUGUUAUGACUAAUGAUCAAUUGAUAGAAUUUGCAUGGGGACUUGCUAAUAGUAACCAACCUUUCCUUUGGAUAAUUCGACCCGAUUUAGUCAUUGGGGAUUCGGCUGUUCUCCCACCAGAGUUUAUAGAAGAGACAAAAAACAGGGGACUUAUUGCUAGUUGGUGUAAUCAAGACCAAGUGUUGGCUCACCCUGCUGUUGGAGGGUUUUUGACUCAUUGUGGUUGGAACUCGAUAAUUGAAACUUUAAUCAAUGGGGCGCCUAUCAUAUGUUGGCCUUUCUUUGCCGAGCAACAGACUAAUUGUUGGCUUUCUUGCAAUAAGUGGGGGAUUGGGAUGGAAAUUGAUGUGAAUGUGAAGAGGAGUGAAGUUGAGAGGCAGGUAAGAGAAUUAAUGGAUGGUGAGAAAGGGAAGGAGAUGAAGAGAAAGGUAAUGGAGUGGAGAAAGUUGGGUCAUGAGGCUACUGCGGCUCCAAAUGGAUCUUCUUAUAAAAACUUAGACAAGGUUAUCAAAGUGCUUGGAUACUAACAAAUGGAAUAUGAUCAAAUUUUCCAUUGAAAAUAUUAUGUUUGUAAUUAGUUCUAUUAAGGAACUUGUUAAACCAUAGAAAGAUCUCUCUGGUCUCUUUAUGUGUGUGUGUUUUAUGAGUAUAUUGCCCAAUAAAUAAGUGAAAUUUAUUUA